CUUAGCAUGCACAUCCAGAGACUGAGAAGAGCUAGCUAAACAGAGAGCUCUUGCUGUACACAGGAUGGGGGCUUCUCAGGAGACUUCAGGAGAUGGAGACACGAAGACAGCAAAUGGAGCUGUGUAUUUGAGAAAAAAGAUCACCCUAAUCCAUGCCAUCUCCUUGACCAUUGGGACAAUCAUUGGAAGUGGCAUCUUUAUAUCUCCUAAGGGGGUCCUGAAAAACUCUGGUAAUAUAGGACUGUCCCUUCUGAUCUGGGCAUUCUCUGGUGUUCUCUCUAUGUGUGGGGCACUGUCUUACGCAGACCUGGGAACCACUAUCAAGAAGUCUGGUGGGCACUACAUCUAUUUACUGGAGACCCUUGGCCCAGUUCCAGCCUUCCUAAGACUGUGGGCUGAAUUUGUCAUGAUCCGGCCAGCAAAUAUUGCGGUGGUCUGUUUAGCAUUUGGACGCUACUUAAUAGAGCCACUAUUUGUACCUUGCAAUGCACCAGCCAUCGCUGUCAAACUCAUCAGUGCUAUUGGCAUUGUAGUCAUCAUUGCGCUGAACUGCUGGAGUGUUAGUUGGUCGGCUAAUGUCCAGACCGUCUUUACAGCUCUGAAGUUAGUGGCUAUUGGACUAAUUAUAAUACUUGGAAUGAUGGCUUUAGCAGAAGGAAAGACAGAAAACUUUCAGAAUGCAUUUGAUACAAGUUCAUUGGCUCUGGACAAGAUUCCACUCGCAUUUUACUCGGGAAUGUUUGCCUUUGGAGGCUGGUUUUACAUUACCUUUGUUACCGAAGAAAUUAUAAAUCCGGAGAGAAACAUCCCUAUCACAGUGAUUGUCUCACUUACCUUUGUUACAAUCUGCUACCUUCUCACUAAUGUCUCCUACUACACUGUCCUGACAACCAACGAAAUUCUGACCUCGGAGGCUGUGGCCGUGACCUUUGCUGACCAAACUCUGGAAAAAAUCUCCCCUCUGAUCUCCAUACUGGUGGCUAUGUCAUGCUUUGGAGCCCUGAAUGGUGGCAUUUUUGCUUCCUCCAGAAUGCUGUUUGUGGCCUCCAGAGAAGGGCAUUGGCCUAAUUUGUUCUCAAUGAUCCACAUCAGGAGGCACACACCCCUUCCAGCCCUGUUAUUAAUGAUGCCCCUGGUUUUUCUGAUGAUUAGUAUUGGGGACCUUUAUGGACUCUUGAACUUUUACAGCUUUUCCCGUUGGCUUUUUAUGGGAUUAGUCACUAUUGGCCUAAUUAUUCAUCGUCAAAAACAUCCCGAUCUACCUCGACCCUUUAAGGUUCCGCUCAUCAUACCCAUUGUAUUCAGCACUAUGUGCCUCUUCAUUGUGGGAAUGUCGCUAUACUCUGACCCAGUGAACACCGGCAUCGGUUGCCUCAUCACAUUGAGUGGUUUGCCAGUUUAUUACCUAACUAUCCACAAACAGCAACAGCCCCAGCGCAUGAGGGAAAUCUCCAAUUUCCUGACAUUGAAGAUGCAAGUAUUGAUGGAAGUUAUCCCUCAAGAAAUAAAGACCUACUAGAUAAAAAGACCUGGUUGAAAGUGCUUCAAGGUUAUGAUAUACAGGUGAUCCGAUUGGUGGGGGUCCAAGCACUGGGAGCCUGAUCGAUCACAAGACCGCGGUUUCCGAGUCCCCUGAAUGGAGCAGUGUUUGAACAGGUGCAAUGUUACUCCAUUCAUUCUCUACGGGACUACUGAUCUUUGCUGCUGGCUAAUGGCGGGAGCAUGGCCUAGGAAUUGGGGCAUCGUUAAAGGGGUUGCGUCACAAAACAUUUUUGAAACCAGCACCUGAAGAGUACUUUUGUAAUUGCAUGUAAUAAAUGUAAUAAAAAAUGUUGUAUAGCCAGUGAGCUA